CUUGUCUUUUGCAUGUUUUACAGCCUGAGGCAGCUGUUGGGCUGUUAGACAACCACGUUAUACAAGCUGAUGUUUGGUAACAGCCUGGCUGGAAACGUGACGGACCCACCCGGCUCCACAGACCGGAGGACGCUGCUGGCUGACACACAGGACUGUCGGUGUUUCUCCAACAACUACUGCUGCUGCUUCACCAUUAAAAACAACAACAACAACCAUGUCUACCGCCCGAACAGUUAUCUGUUUACUAAGAAACGACUUACGCCUCCACGACAAUGAGCUUUUCCACUGGGCUCAAAGAAAUGCAGAGUACAUUGUCCCACUGUACUGCUUCGACCCCAGACAUUAUGUGGGAACCCACAACUACAACCUGCCAAAGACUGGGCCUUUCCGCCUGCGCUUCUUACUGGACAGUGUCAGAGACCUCAGAAACACAUUACUCAACAAGGGCAGCAACCUCGUGGUGAGACGGGGUAAGCCAGAGGAUGUAGUCGCUGAUCUCAUCAAGCAACUUGGCUCUGUCAGCACUGUGGCUUUCCAUGAAGAGAUAACUUCUGAGGAACUGAAUGUCGAGAAAAGAGUGAAGGAUGUCUGUGCACAGAUGAAGGUCAAAGUUCACACCUGCUGGGGGUCUACACUGUACCACAGGGACGAUCUUCCAUUUCACCACAUAUCCAGGCUGCCUGAUGUGUACACUCAGUUCAGGAAGGCAGUGGAGACCCAGAGCAAGGUGAGGCCUGUGUUCCCAACUCCUGAGCAGCUAAAGCCUCUUCCUCAAGGGCUGGAGGAAGGAGCCGUUCCUACAGCUGAGGACCUGCAACAGACAGAGCCUCUGGCUGAUCCUCGCUCAGCCUUUCCCUGCAGUGGUGGUGAAAGUCAGGCUCUGGCUAGAAUCAAACACUAUUUCUGGGACACUGAUGCAGUUGCGACUUAUAAAGAGACCCGUAAUGGCUUGAUUGGUGUGGAUUAUUCUACUAAAUUUGCACCUUGGCUGGCAAUGGGUUGCAUUUCACCCAGGUAUAUUUAUCAUCAGAUCCAGCAGUAUGAGAAGGAGCGAACAGCCAAUCAGAGCACAUACUGGGUCAUUUUUGAACUUUUGUGGAGGGAUUACUUCAAGUUUGUAGCUGUCAAGUAUGGAGACAGACUGUUUCAGAUCGAAGGACUUCAGGACAAAUCUAUUCCAUGGAAAAAGGACAUGAAGCUGUUCGAUGCAUGGAAAGAGGGACGAACAGGAGUGCCAUUUGUGGAUGCCAACAUGAGAGAGGUGGCAAUGACAGGCUUCAUGUCCAACAGGGGGCGGCAAAACGUUGCUAGCUUCCUCACUAAAGAUCUGGGCCUGGAUUGGAGGAUGGGAGCCGAGUGGUUCGAAUACCUCCUGAUUGACCAUGAUGUCUGCAGCAACUAUGGCAACUGGCUGUACAGUGCUGGGAUAGGAAACGACCCCAGAGAGAACAGGAAAUUCAACAUGAUCAAGCAGGGCCUCGACUAUGACAAUAACGGUGACUAUGUGCGGCAGUGGGUUCCUGAGCUGCAGGGGAUCAAGGGAGCUGAUGUGCACGCGCCGUGGACCCUCAGCUCUGCCGCGCUGUCUCAUGCUCACGUGACCCUCGGUGAGACCUACCCCACCCCCAUCGUCAUGGCCCCAGAAUGGAGCAGACACGUUAACAAGAAACCGAGUGGCACAGGGCCUUCCCCCAGAGGAAAGAAAGGUCCAUCUCACACACCCAAACAACAUCGCGACAGAGGCAUCGAUUUCUACUUCUCCAAGGGCAAAAAACAGUGACCUGUAAACACCUGACAUGUGGAGAGGUGCUCGGGCGACAGUAGCUCAAGUGAUCCAAACAUAAACUGUUGCUGUAAAAUCUGGUUUGCACACUGACGUGUGAAGUUGAUUUGAGGGCAUGUAUGGUGCUAUUUGAAUAUUUUCAAUUAACCGAGCUGUUCUCUAGAAAAGUAGACCUCAUAAACACCUUUCAUGAAUUUCUGUUUCCUGUUGUAAGCUGCAGUGACUCUGAAAACCCACACUGUGGGUUUAGUUUUGAGCAGUGAAUUGAUAACAAGGAAUGAACUGUCCUCUGAUGUUUUUAUGCAGAUUGUUUUUCUUAUUUUCUUACGUCUUUGGAUAUCUUGCUAUUAUUUUUUUAUUCAUUUUCAGAGUUUGCCUAUUUGUUUCCCGUUGAAAAAAUAAAAACUUCUACAUAGAAAACUUUA